ACGUAACUGCCUAAUCAAAUUAACGUUAUGUUUCUUUCUUCCCCCCACUUCAUCCUCUCGUGAUCACACACCACCUUAUAACCUUAUUGCUGCUUCUGUUUCACGUCACUCCUCCCUUUUAUUUCUCCCUCUUUUCUAUGUCUUUAAAUAUCAUCCACAUCAACCCGUCCCAAGUGGAGUCAAAACACCCAACUAUAUAAAUACCUUGAUUCUUACCUUAACUCUUCUCCAUAAUAUAUCUUCUUCUUAAUUAAUUACUCUUCUUCUAUUCCUUAGUCUUUAUUUGUUAGUAUGGCAGGUGAUAAUUUACCCCCUGGAUUUCGAUUUUGUCCCUCCGAUGAAGAACUCGUCGUUCAUUUCCUUCGUCGUAAAGAUGGCCUCUUACCCUUCCAUCCUGAUGUUAUUCCUGAUCUUGAUGUUUACCCUUACAAUCCUUGGGAAUUAGAAGGAAAAGCGUUUUCUGAAGGAAACAAAUGUUAUUAUUAUAGUCGAAAGAUUCAAAAUCGGGUGACAGAAAGUGGAUAUUGGAAGGCCAUGGGAAUGGAUGAGCCCAUAAUGUCAAGUAGUAGUAGCAAGAAGAUAGUCGGUAUGAAGAAAUAUUAUGUGUUCCAUAUUGGUGAGCCGCCUGCUGGAGCUUGGACAAGUUGGAUAAUGCAUGAGUAUAGGCUGCCUGAUUCAUUAGGGUCCACCAGUAAAUCAACUUCCAGAAAGAGAGGACAACCUAAGGUACACAAUCGUUGGAAUUUAAAUUCGUGCGUGCUGAGGAAAGCAUGAGAUCAUAUGUGAUGCAACUAUGCAUCAACGUUUGAGAUCAUAUAAUAUGUGAUGCAAGUAUGCAUCAACGAUUGAGAAAGAAAUGAGAUCUUGAACUAAGGUAAGCAUCGUCAUAUAGAGUAGCUUCAUUACUUAGAUUUUGGAAUUAAGUUGUAAUUGAACUUAAAGAGCUUUUUAUUGGUUAAUUAAUGAAGGUAGAAUUAUAAAUUGUAAAGUAGAAAUCACUAUAUAUAAAUAAACUUCAGACCACAUACGUAGAUGAAUAAGAAUUAUUAAAAGGUUGGAGGAUAAGAUUGAAAAUUUUAUGAGUUUCAUGAUAUAUUCUUAAUAAUUGUCCAUUUGAUACAAGGAAAAAUUCUUCAAUAUUAGUAUCAAGCUCAUCUAAUAGUAUAAACCUAUUCAUCCCAUCUACAGUCUACAUUGAAUCAAGCAUAAAUAGUACUCAAGUUAAUUUUUAUUGUUUUUUUGGCAAAUUAAAGAUUUUUUUAAUAAAAAAAAAGAGAAUGAUACAACCUAACUUUCAACAAAGGACAAGUGUUGUGUAUAUGCAUGUUAAGUUUUGAUGAUGAGAAAAAUAAUAUAAUAUGUUAUAGUAUGAAAGUUUGUGACAGAUGGUUGAGAAAUGAAAAAAUAAAUGAAAACUUUGAAGAAAUGAAGAAUCAAGAUUGAAGUUCAAGUUUAUAUUCCUAAGUGUAGUUACUUUAUGCAAAGUGUAAUGUACUUGAACUAGGUGUUAUACUAUGUGCUAAAUAUAAAAAUAUAAAAUUAGUAUAAUUAUUAUUUUCUUAGAGUUAAGGAAAUAAUAAAUUAUGUUAAUAUUAUAUGUCUAUAUAAAAGGAAAUUAACAUUCGAAAAACAAGGUUAUUGAGAAUGACAAGGUUUUAAUAAAAACAUUUUAUAUAAAAAGAAUUUUUCAUAAAAAUGUGUUUUUGAUAAAAACAUGUAAAACAGUUUUUAUAAAGAAUAAGAUUUUCGAAAGUUGCUUUUGGAAAAAGAAUUUAAGAUAAUAAAAAGAGUAUGAGAAUAAAAAGAAAAUCUAUUGGUUAUUCAAAAUAUAGAUAAACAUUGAUUUAAGGAAAACUUAUCUUUUUAGAAUUGAAGAUAAAGCUGAAAAAAGAUAAAGUUUAUUUUCUAAAAAGAAAAGGUUUAUCCCUUAAAUUAAGGAGUAAAAGAUAAAUAUGUUUUGAAGUAUUUUCGUCCAAGCCAUGUACUAUGAAACGGUUUUAGAAUUCACUUUUAUAACUCACGUUUUCAGAGAGGAAAAUCGGAAAUAUUAAGAGCUGAAAACAAUUUCCUAAGGCACAGAGUAUAGCACUGUUCGAAUCAGUUUGAGUAACUACUAUACAAUUAUAAUUGUCCUCUAAAUUGCUUGAAUAAUAAGCACACGUUUGAGGAUCUUCUCUUUCUGUAAUUUCAUAAUUAUAGAGCGACUCUUAGAGUUAGGGGUUGAGAAGCACUACUAGGGUUAGUGGUGGGGGAGUCUUAUUGUAUCAAGAGGUUGAUAUUUCAGGAUUCAAAGAAAUAAAGAGUUUUGUUUCGUGUGGACGUAGAUCUCAGAGGUGAGAUUGAACAAUGUCAUAUCUUGUGUUUGCGCAUUAAAUUCAUAUACUUUUAAGUUUUAUUUUUCACAAAAACUCAAAUCAGAGAUUUACGAGUAUUUGGCACAGUGCCCUAACAGAGAUUUUGGGAAAAUCGAUUAGAUUUCGUCACUCAAUUCAAUCCCCCUUCAUGAGUGUCACCUUGUGUUCCAACAAGAUGUCCGAAGACCCUCCACCUGCAAAACUACUGAACAAACGCCACCACCGUCAUCAUCUGCCAUGCCUGACGGACCACCCUCAACCCGAAAAAGAAAACCUUCCGCUACUACGGAUCUGUCUUCCUCUGCUCCAUCACUGUCCAAACUCCAACGCUCGGCUGCCUCUUUCGCCGGAAUUAAAGUUCUAUCCGGACAGGUUUUCCCAAAAUCUUAGAUAUCUAAGCCCGAGAUUAAGUUUUUGUUUGAUUCGGUUCAAGCCCAAGGUUGGUCAAAAUUACUUUCUUUUACUGAUGUUAUUUAUGAAUUAGAGGUCAAGGAGUUUUAUCAAUCUUUGGUAAGUUACGAUGUUUUGGAACUCUCGACUACAGUAAAUGGAAUAGAUAUUCAUAUGGGUGUUGAUAAUUUAGCCAAGAUUCUCAGAGUUCCGUAUGUAGGAUUUUCAGAUUAUAAAUCCCAAACUUGGCCGUUUGUUUAUGGCGUCGAUAACACCACCAUUAGCCGUACUGUUUCGGACCACCCAUUGCCUCAAGCCCAAAUUUUUCCAGCCUCCUUUCUUUUGGCCAAGAACAAGCUUCUUAGGAGUUUAAUUACCAACACUAUACUUCCUAGAAUUGAAAAUCGUGGGGAGUGUCUCAUUAUGGAUCAGGUGUUACUGUGGUUGCUGUCCCAUGGAACCCCAAUUAUUCUUCCCCACCUUAUGUUGCUGCACAUGCAACAUGUUUCCGCCUCUUCGCACUAUUACUCGUAUGGUUUGUGGCUUACUAGAGUCUUCCGGGCAUUUGAUGUUCUCCUACCCACCUCUAAAGGUGUUCUUGCCGAGACAUUGAGUGACGACAUGCUUAGCUGUAUGGAGCUCUGUGUAUUGGGCGGUGAAUUGUUGAAAAGGGAUUUUCAGGGUUUUCAGCCUAAAGAGGCUUGUGUUGGAUGCUUGAAGAUGCAGGAAGAGGUGGGACAGGUGAAGAAACAGAUUCAACAACUGUUGGCUUGGGACCGGGCACGUGACAGGCUAGUGGUCUAGCAACAUCGCCAAAUCAUGUCUGCCCUAUCCAUUCUUCUACACACUACACCAUGUUGAUCCAUGUUGUACCUUGCUAUAGUUUUUGGACGACUCUGUAGUUUUCAAACUUGUUUUCCAACUGUUUUUGUGAUACUUUAUGGCUGGUUUGUUUUUGGAUAUUUCUGUUGAUUGUGAAUUGGUAAUAAUUGUAGCACCAACUUCACUA